CGGGCGGGGGGCGGGAGACACUCCUCCGCUGAGUGACGCGCUGUCGUCCCCGCCCCUCGGUGUCGCGCACCGCCGGCAGUGCGUGACCUCGGCGGGGCGGGAGGGGAGCGGAGCGGGUGGGGGCGGUGCCGGUGCCGGCGGGCAGGAUAAAACGCCGAAGCCAGACAUGAGGAAGAUUUUGUGCGUGGAGCCCGUCAUUUUCAUCUACACGUUUGCGACUUACUUGACAAGCCCGCUGGUGCAGCAGUUCAUCUACCGGCGGCUGUGGGAGGAAGAGUACAACUCGACUUUCAUAAGCAAUAGCAAUGCUAGUUACUGUGAGCAGAAUAAAAGUAACCCGACUUAUAUCAAGCAGAAGGAAGUUCAAGAAAAAGCCUCUGUUUUUACUAUGCAGUUGGACUUAACUGGAGCAGUUCCCAGCCUUAUAGUUGCCUUUGUCAUCGUAGCUAAUGGGGAUCGCCAGGGACGCAAAAGGUCUUUAGUUUUACCAUCAAUGGGAGCUUUGAUUGCUAAUAUUUGCCUCACAGCAAUGUCGUAUUUUUCCUUGUCACUCUCUGUCCUAUUUGCGGUUGCGUUUAUUACUGGACUGUUUGGGAGUAUGGCAGCUUUCCUUGGAGGAGGCUUUGCUUUUAUAGCAGAUGUGUGUCAUGAUGAGAAGCAGAAGACAACACGAAUAGCAGUGGUGGAUUUGAUUUUUGGAAUUGUAUCUGGAUUGGCAGGACUGUCAUCUGGCUACUUUCUGAGAGGAAUAGGCUUUAUGUGGACAUUUGUGACAGCAUCUCUCCUUCAUGUCAUUAAUAUUAUCUAUAUUAUAUUUCUUCUGGAAGAUACAGUAGGCGUAUCUGAACUCCAGCACCAGGCACCAGCAUCUUAUAAAGAAGUUUUGAGAGAGACAUUUUCUGGAGUGUACAUGCUUUUUAAAACUGCACCUUAUAAAAAGAGAAUUUUAAUCAUUGUGUUACUUUUUACAUUUAUGACUUAUUUGUUCACUGCGUUUGGUGGGAGUUCACUUUUUACACUGUAUGAACUGGAUGAGCCACUCUGCUGGAAUGAACUAUACAUUGGAUAUGGAGCAGCUGCGUUCACUUCUGUCUCUCUGACCAGUUUUUUGGGAGUUUACUUAUUUUCUAAAUGUCUCAAAGACAUCUAUAUCGUCUUUAUUGGAAUAUUUUCUUACAUUGGAGGAAUGGUCAUGGCUGCCUUUGCCAAAACUACCCUGCUCAUGUUUUUAGUGAGAGUGCCAUCUUUGCUCUACAUUAUGCCUAUUCCUGUUCUCCGAUCCAUGCUGUCAAAAGUGGUUCUCCCUGGUGAACAGGGUGCUGUCUUUGCUUGUAUUGCCUGCUUAGAAGUUUUGACCGGCACUAUUUCACUUUCAGUUUUCAACAUUAUCUAUGCAGCUACUGUUGCCUGGUUUUCAGGCUUUAGCUUCCUCUUAUCAGCAGGCUUUUGUAUAAUUCCACUGUCUGUCCUGUGCUGGCUUCUGUGCACACGCUGGAAUGAGGAAGACUUGGCUCUGCUUGUACCUGAAGAAGUAUCCAGCAUAGAGAGUGUUGAUAGUUGAACAAAGGGAUCGCCUACCUGCGUUUUCUAACCUGACAUGCAGUGGCAGAGACCAUUAUGUCAUACAGAGACCACAGUGAUAACACAACAGUUGCAGAAGUGGCCCUGCAGCAAUAAGCACUAAAUUGGUAGCACUCUUUAUCCAGUUUUUUUUUUAGCACUCGAAUUAAGCUAGCUCUUACACUUAACUAUGCAAAUAGGCUGGCAAUGGACAUUUUAGUGCUGUUUUCAUCAUGAAAAAAUAAAAAAGGUAGGAUGAUGCUCUCUUUCCACUUAACCUUUCUCAAGUUUGAGAUUGUCAGCUGUGGAUUGUGAUACAUCUGGUAUCAUUCUAAGUGAGGCGACAGAGAUAAGCUUAUCAACAAAGAGGGUGCUGGCAGUUCUGCUGAAGCCAGUGGAUCUGAUGCCAGCUGAGGAUGUGGUCCACUUUGCACAUCUUACAAGGCCUGUUUUAAUGCUGAAGCCCCCAAACAUGUCUAAAAUUACUAAAUUAAAGGUAAUUUUUCAGCAGGCAGACAAACUGGAGGCAGUCCUUGGACCUUCUGUAAGCAGAUUUACUGCUUUGCAGUUAGAAGAGAGUGUUUGUGCAAGUUUAAUGUAUGAUGUGUGGACUUUGCCUGUGACUUAGUUCUUAAAAUGGAUUUUCACACAGAACCAUCAUACAUAGAAAAUUUCCACCUUGCAGAGUGUGAAGUUAGGCCUAUGCCUACAUUUCUUAGAGGCCAUAUUGCACAUUUAUUUUUAUCAUUUUCCAUGUAUUAGGGACUGCAUACAGACACCUCUAUUUUUUGUCCCAGAGAUUUUCUUGUUUUCUGGUUAAGUUGGCUAUACUUAGCUUAAAUGUUUCUUCUAGUGAAAGGCUGUAAUAGCAUUGCUUUUCAGUGGAUCUUUGAGUUUAAAUAAGCCUGACCAAAUCUGAAUCAUGCAUCUGAUCAUCUUGCAAUGAAUGCAGCAUAAUUUUUGAGCACUUGAAUAGCAUUGCACAUCUUCAAAGCACUUUAUAAAUGCUGUUAAGAACCUCCUUCCAUAACACAUUAUUCUUGUUGCAGAGAGAGCAAAACCAACAGUCACUUGCUCAGGGCCACAGCACAAAAUGGUGACACUGCCAAAAUUAGAAAUUAGUUUCUGCAUUGACUCUUCACAUUUUUGCUUGAGAUCUUUAAGUAGAAAUUAUCCAGAGUAUUAGCUUCUGGAAUGCACACACUUCCAUGUUUUUUCAGAAAGACCUGGACAGCUAAUACUGUUCUGGUCCCUGAAAACAGAGGUAGGUUGUAUGUGACUCUCUUCCCCCAAAACAGAUUAGGCACAGAAAUCAAAAUAAUGUAAAGUAGUUGACAUUCACAGAAGGAAAACUGUAGGAAAGCAACUAUGAUGUGGGAACUGACUUCCCAUGCACACAGCAUAGGAUAAGAAUGAUGACAGACAUAGCAUAUGCUGUAUGAACAGUGAUCUACUUACAGCCAUUAAUAUGCAUCCUAUGAACAGAGCACUUGUGCAGAGUUGUUCAGUGGUACUCCACCAAAAAAAUUAGUACCACAUUGUGAUACUAUUGUAGAUCCUUUUUGUUUGAACAAGUGUUGUUUCUAAGCUAUGUAUUGUGAUCACUGAGAAGUUUGGAAGAGGGUUCAAAUAAGGUAGAGUGCAUACUACCUAAGAGACCAUUACCUACCCAUCAGUGGUGACAAGUUUGGUUUAUCCAGCACAGAGGGAAUGAAUAUUUAUACAGUUAACAAUCCUUAUGCUUCUGUCCUGAACUACCAAGGCUGAUGUUGGCAAUUAAAGAUCAUCAAUAGGUUUUCCUAGCUAGUUUAGACACCAGCCAGUAAAUAAAACUGCUUAACUCUCCUCCCUUGAGGUGCCCAAGUUGCUGCCAACUUGGAGAAGCGAGCAGAGUUUUACAAUAAUAAAUGGGCCAAAACAUAAUGAGUAUUUGUAGAGAAAAUAAGAAAACACUGAUGUAAAGGAUUUCAGUACAAAGAUUACAUUGUCUUCCUUGCCUCUUCAUUAUGCAAUUAUGUAAGGCUUUACGAAAUUAACUGUUUUCACACAAAACUGCCUGGAAAAAGUAAAGCAGAUGAAGGGGUGUGUACCUUCACCUCUCCAGUGCACGCCUCUGCUAGCACUCGGAAGGUAUUUAAAUAGCAACAAAGCAAGGCCGCUCCACAGUAGUGGUAUGUCACUUCAACUGAGAACAAACACCUGUGCUUCAGGAAUUACUUUGUUAUGGUUUCAUUUUGCUGUACAAAAUACCCGCCAUUUUUAAAGUUUUUCUGGUAGACACAGCAUUUAGAACUGGCUCUAAGUUUAAGUCAAAACACAUGAAGGAUAUGAACUGUGUUUUUUAAAGUGCCUAGCAGAGUGCAAGCUGAGGAAACCAGGUACUAAUGCACUUCCUCCAAGUUUAUAAUAGUUGUUCUAUUUGUAUAUAAGUGCAAAAUAUUUUGAUGUAAAUUAUUAAUGAAGUUUGGUUUUUAAACUAUG